AGGAGUGGAUAAACAGAAUCUCUGUAGCAGUUCGAGUGUUGAAAUUGCUCAUAAAAUACCGAAGGGGUAUAUCACCUGUGCAACGAGGGGCGGUGGAACGAAACAUGGAACUCGGGCGGGAGCAGGAUUUCUGCAUUAAUCUCCUUUUUUACUGAAAAAAGUAGCCGGCAAUCGCAGUGAGACAAAGAGGUCCAAGAGAUGUUUUUAGAUAGGAAAAAAAAAACCAAGCCCGCACACCUCGCGCGUAUUGAUUCCAGCGACAGCUCGGUGACAUUCUUUAUCAAUACGUCACAGCUCAUAUUUCAAGUUCUCUUGCAUCCGCCCUCAGAGUUACAAAGAAACUAACUUCUUUCGGUAGCUCGGGGUGGGAGAAAGCGUUGAUUGUUUCGGAGGGGAACCAAUGGGAAGGCGGGGCGCAACUGCGCCAACCAAUAGACGCAGCUAAGGUUGCGACUGGAUUGAGACCGCCUUUCGGCACUUGCAGAAGUUUUUCCAAAUGUUUUUAUUUAUUACAUUUGUAUCCGUCGAGUGUACCGGUCGGCUCAUCUGGAGUGUACCGCGUUGCGCGAUCAUUGUACACUGCCCCGCCCGCGCCAGAGACAAACAAACAGUUCUAAGUUCACUGUUGCGACAUAUCUGCUUGUGCCUAGGUGAUGGACUUCGGUUCCGAGUGAGUUCAGGUGUUUUCGCGUGUGAUGCUAAUGAUGGACAAUAACGCAAUGGACUCUGCCAGUGAUCACAGUAGCCAUGCGUCUUCAGCUUCUCCAGUCGUCGCUAUUAAACAUUCGCCUUCGCCUCCACACAACAACAAUAACCUCAAUAUGUCGAAUAAUCAUAAUCAGAUACACAGUCCAAGACAGGCUAGUCCUCUGGGACCUCCGAUGACGAUGGGACACAAUCUCAGUCCACCUCCAGUUUCCUCCGCGAGUUUAGCCAGAGGCAUGAGUCUCAGCCAGUUUCAUCCACCCGGUCUUGGACUUCUGAAUUCCUUAGGGGCCGUUUUGCAUAGUCCCCUGGAUCUCAUGGCAGCUCAUCACGGGCCUCCAAGGUCCUACAAUAGCCCGCCGCCAAUUUCCACGUCGGACCCUACAGCAAACGAGUGUAAACUCGUAGAUUACAGAGGACAAAAAGUGGCCGCUUUCAUCAUAGCCGGUGACACGAUGCUCUGCCUGCCUCAGGCCUUCGAACUGUUCCUCAAACACCUUGUCGGUGGCUUACACACUGUUUACACUAAACUGAAACGUUUGGACAUUGUACCCUUAGUUUGUAACGUAGAACAAGUCAGGAUCCUCAGGGGCCUUGGCGCCAUACAGCCUGGUGUCAACAGAUGCAAGCUGUUGUCAUGCAAAGACUUCGAUACGUUAUUCAAAGACUGCACCACAGCCAGUUCCAGGCCCGGCAGACCACCAAAGAGGGCGCCAGUAGGAUUAAGUUUGGCAGCUUCACACCUUCAACAUCAUCAGAUCAAAAAACAACGCUUAGACAAUGGAGAUUAUCCCUACGAGAACGGACACUUAAACGAUAUGGCAAGGAUGGAAAAAUCUCCUCUCCUAGCUAAUGGAUACAACCAUCCUCCACAUCUGGGUCACAUGCAAUUCAUGCAAAUGCCACAUCCAGCAGCAGCACAUUCUGCCCUCCUCUCUCCCGCCAUGCCACAUAACCUAUCGAGGCAUGAUGGAUCGGUGAUCAAGAACCAAGGUAUGCCGUCCAUGGAAGCUAUUGCCAGAGCUGGAGUAUGGGAAAACUGUAGAGCCGCAUACGAAGACAUCGUCAAACACCUAGAAAGGCUAAGGGAAGAGAGAGGAGAUCCAGACAGAUCGCUCUGCAUGGACCAAAAACCUAGAGAUCUCAGCCCUAGAAAUAGUUCCCCAACAGAUCACAGUCCUGUCCUCAACCUUUCGAAAAGUGGAGGGGGUAGUGCAGGAUCGGUGGGCGAGGGUGAACAUUCAGGAAGUGAAGUUGAUGGUGCCGAUAUUCCUCCAUCUCCUCGGUCCCCACGGUCGGCAGUUGAAGACGAUGAAGAUGACAACAUAUCGGAUCCCGAGGAUGAGGAUGAUAAAGAUCAAGAUCUGGAAGAAGGAGAUGUUCCCAUGCCUGCGCCCCCAAGCACAGAAUCCCACCAUACAGCAUUGAAUUACUCGUCUCUGGCCAACGUAAUGGCCUCAGCCAAUGGCCAAACGCCAGACUCAACAAUUUCGUCGACUGAAACCCUUCUGCGAAACAUUCAGGGUUUGCUCAAAGUUGCAGCAGAUAAUGCACGUCAACAGGAAAGACAGAUCAACUAUGAAAAAGCCGAACUGAAAAUGGACUUGAUACGAGAACGAGAAAUGAAAGAAGGCCUGGAAAGACAACUUCACGAAGAACAAAAAAAGAAAGAAAUAUAUUUCAAACGCUUCCGCAGAGAACGAAAAAUACGGAGACAAUUAGAAGAUCAGCUGGAUGUUGAUAAGAAAAGGAGAAUGCAACUGGAAGAAGCUCUCAAAAACGCUGGAGCAUCAGAAGAACUGAGGCGGAUCAAUGGUAAGGAUCACUACCACAAUCAAGACAACAAAUCCACCAAUCAGAAGGCCACAUCGUCAUCUUCCUCCCAGAAUCAGAGGUCAACUCCGAACGUUCCAGAAAGGGAGCAGAUUCCACAAGAAAGAAUGAAGCAGGAACCCAUCGACACUCCUCCAAUUUCAUAUCCUCAACCCAUCAGGGAACCUCCACCUCCAACACAGUCCAUCGACACCAAGCCCUGGUGCUACUCUGGAAUCGAUCUCAUAAAUAAUGGUGCAGCUUUCUGGCAGAGCUACUCGGAUUCUCUGGCUCAAGAACUUGAAAUGGAGAGAAAAAGCCGACAGCAGCAAAUGGAUAGAGAGAAAUCCCCACUCACAGACCGUUCAUCCUACUAUAAGAACUCUGUGCUGUUUACGAGUAGUGCAACAUAAAAUGUGAGUGACUCAAAUUGAUUUUGAACAGCCAAAUUGCAGUUCCAACCAACCGUAUUUGUAUACAUUCAAAAUACUCUGUUUGAGAAAAGUGAAUAUUCCAACAUCGAGUAAAAUAUAAAUUGUAAAUUGUAAUUGAUUUCGAAAAUCAAAAAAAGCAUUAGGUGUGAACACCAGAAAUUUCAGAUGUGCAAAUUGUUUUUAUUCAUGAACACAAAAAUUUUAAAAACUUGAACUAUUUUGUCUUUUUCCGCUUAUGAGUUCCAUAUUUUGAUAACGGAGUUUGAAAUUAUCAAUUUCUUUGUAAUUUUGCUCACAGCUGCUGCUAUUAGUUACAAUGAAGUUGAUCAGGCAAAACUCAUCACCUCAUAUGCUAAAAUCCUAAAAUUUUCAGAUACUCUCGCUGGAAAAAAAAUCAGUAAUUAUGAGAAAUAAAUUAAAAAAUUGAUUAAAAAUAUUUGCUUCGUCAAUAUCUUUCCAUCACUAUUAGGAAACCGUUUCAAAUAUUGAUGCUGAAAUCUGAAAUCGAUAGCAAUUCCAGAUCUAAAAUUUGUAUUUUUCAUUGAAAAAGAGAUGUUUACCAAUCAUUGCAGUUUUUCACUAUUCAGAUUCGAAAACCCAAUAUUUUGAUCGCAAUAAUAAAACAUUUUUCUUCAACACCAGAUUCAAUCCAUUUCAAAGUGUCAUCACUGAAUUCUAAAUUUGAAAACAGGAAUACAAAUUUCACUGCGAUAAACAUCAUGAAUCAACCUAACAAUAUCUGAACAAACCAACAACCAAAAAAAAAUUACCACUCUUUAAUGUACGCUACACUUUAUGAGUACCUACUCCAAAAAUAAUUUUUCCAAAACCCUUCAGUCCUUUUAAUUGAACCAGGAUUUUGUUUCUUCCUCAACGUUUUGAAUAUUUUAUAUGAUUUGGGCUACAUAGAAAAUAAAAAAGGCGAAGCUUUUUUAUUGGGACACCCUGUAGAACGCUUAACCUUUUUAAUUAUCAGUUCUGGUUCAUUCCCUGAAGAAAUUUUAUCAAACUGAAAAUUUCGCAUAUGGAACAUUGAAGGAAAUUGUUGUAUAAGAAAGAAAUAACAAUCAUUUCACCAGUAUCUGUGAAUUCAAGCAUAUUCAAUGAAAGUUAAAGUAACUGAAGGGGAAUUCAUGAGAGGUGAUGAACGACAUGUAUAUAAUGUAAACAAUUUUUAUAAAUAAACAGGAUUUACUCAUGAUCAAUACAUAUUUCAGUCGAAGUUUAUGCAAAACCAUUAAGAUAUCACACAUUUUGUAAAAGUACGAAGUUAGAAGUAUAAUAUUUAGGUAGAUCAAUUAAUUGAUAAAUAUAAAGAAAUGUAAAUAUCGAAGCUGGGAUUAUGUUAAGGUGAUUAAGAUUUAUAUCUGCAUCACGGGUCUUUUUAUGUAACAUUCUAACUCCUGUAUUUCGUGAAAUAUCCAUUAAUAUAAACAUCGAAACCGUUGAUUUAUUCCGCCAUUACGCUGGAGAGAACAUAAUCUUAACGCUGAUAUCGAUCUUGAUCGCCACUUUUCCCUCAUUUUGUAGAAAGGUAGAAGAAUAAGUAUUCAGUGUACUGUUGCAGAGCGAUUUCAGCUAUAAUUUGAAAUAAGUGAGGUCCUUCCCAUAGAGUAACUGAGGAAGGAUUUUUCGCCCUUUACUAAGAUUGAAAAUGUUUGGUUAUUCGUGUUAGUUUCAAGAAAAUUAUAGUAUACGUUUGUCGACAAUCAAUAAUUCAUGAAGAUGCUCCGCAAUGUAUUCACCUCCCCUACUUGUUCAAAUGUUAUAUUCAAGAACUAUAUCUGCACAGCUAUUUUUUUGAUAGCUUUAAUCUCCAGUUUUAGUCAUUUAUAUAUACGUACAAUAUGUUAAGAUGCAUUGUAUGACUGUAUUUAUUGUAUAUAUUUAUGUGUGUGUGUGCCUUGUAGCUGAAUAAAAG